AAAAAGUAUAAGCAUUGUUCUGGAAUAUACUUGUUUCAUAAACUCAUCAAUAUUAUUUCCAUCUAAAGUAUUAAAUAUAUCCAUCAAAUUAAAACAAAGUAGGAAAAAUGAAGAGGGCAAUAAUGUCAUCAGGUGGUUCAUUCAAGGUGCAGCCUCCAACUUAUGGUAAACUCAUAACAAUUCUGAGCAUCGAUGGAGGUGGCAUUAGGGGAAUUAUUGCUGCCACCGUUCUUGAGUACCUUGAGUCUCAACUCCAGGAAUUGGAUGGUGAGGAUGCGAGACUUGCAGAUUACUUCGACAUAAUUGCAGGAACAAGCACAGGCGGUCUUGUCAUGGCCAUGCUAACAACUCCAAACAAAGAAAAAUGUCCUUUGUUUGCUGCUAAAGACACAAAGCCCUUCUAUCUUGAGCAUGGUCCUAAGAUAUUCCCACUGAAAAAGAUGGUACUGUUUGGAUCAAUAAUGAAGACAUUGAAAUCUCUAAUAGGACCAAAGUAUAAUGGGAAGUAUCUUCACCAAGUCAUAGAGGAGAAAUUAGGGGAGACUCCUUUGCAUGAGACAUUAACUAAUGUGGUUAUUCCAACUUUUGAUAUCAAGAAUUUACACCCAACUAUUUUCUCCACUUUUGAGGCUAGAGAAAAGCCAUUAAUGGAUGCUAGGCUUUCAGAUAUAUGCAUUAGUACAUCCGCCGCACCAACAUAUCUUCCUGCACAUUAUUUCCGGACUCAAGACAAAGAUGGCAACUUUCAUGAGUUCAAUCUUGUUGACGGUGGUGUUGCAGCUAACAAUCCAGCUCUUGUUGCUACUAGUCAAGUGACCAAACAAAUAAUGACAGGAAAUCCAAAUUUUUUCCCAAUCAAACCCAUUGAUUAUGGAAGGUUUUUGGUGAUUUCUAUAGGCACUGGAUCAGCAAAAGUGGAACAAAAAUAUAAUGCUAAAAUUGCAUCCAAAUGGGGUAUCUUGGGAUGGCUGCAUAAUGGAGGUUCAACUCCAAUUGUGGAUGUUUUUACUCAAGCCAGUGGUGAUAUGGUUGAUUUUCAUAUUUCUAUUGCUUUCCAAGCUCUUCAUUCUGAAGAAAAUUACCUUCGUAUUCAGGAUGACACAUUAACUGGAACAGACUCAUCUGUUGACAUAGCAACCAAAGAGAACAUGGACAAAUUGGUUGAAAUAGGGACAACUUUAUUGAAGAAACCAGUUUCAAGGGUAAAUCUGCAUACAGGUUUAUUUGAGCAAUGCAAAAAUGGUGGCACAAAUGAAGAAACUUUGAAAAGGUUUUCGAAGUUGCUUUCAGAAGAAAAAAGACUCAGGGAUUCGAAUUCACCUCAUACAAAUAAAUCCUCAGAGUAGAAUUUGUUUGGAGCACCAAGAAAUUAAUCCUCGUCAUUAAUUAGCUCAGUAUUUAAUUUAAAGCUUUAAUUUGUAAUAGAUAAAGUGAAUAUUCAAUUCGUGUAUUAGGUACAGUGUAAUUCAAUUCGUGUGUUAUGUGAAAAUAUUAUAGAU